UAAACUGCCCUUUGAGUCUAAUAAUGGAGUAUUCCAUAUUGUGAUGUUAUAUUACGGCAAAGCUUAAACCCGAUGUGAACGUUGUGAAGUGAAUAUUCACAAAUUGUAGCCAUUGACAUGAUGUGGUGGUAAUAGGCUGGAGUUCGUGUUUAAUAAUGUACACAUCAUGGUUGAGUAAUUUCAGUGUUUAUUGUGACAAUUUAUCGGUCUAUUAUAUAUGUAUGAUUUUAUUAUCAUUCCUAGCUGUUUUCUUGACGUGGUGGCUACAGGAUACUGACCGAAAACAGGUUGAAGAUGUUGAAAACGAUAAUGAAGAAGCAAAUGAUCACACGGAAAUGACUGACAAUGAAAGCAUCCUAUCGCAGAUUAAGAUAUCUAGACAAAAAGCUAUCGCAGAACAACUGUCAGCUGGACUAACAGAAGAACAGCUACAGCAGGAAAAAGAGACAGAGAGGAAACAACUGGAGGCAAUUUUUCAGUUAUUGAAAGAACAAGAGGAUAAGUUCCAUGUAAACUCCAUGGAAGAACUAGAAGAUCAGCUCCGACUGUACCGCAGAUAACCCACACGAUGCACUCCUGUAAUGCAACAAUAAUUUCAGGAAGACAUGUUUAUAAAACUAUAACAAUAAGAACAAAUAGUUAAAAAAUAAUUUAAAAUCAGAGAGCAUUAUUUUUCCACUGAAGUAGUUAAGAAUGUAAAAGAACAUGGAACAUAGCCAUGUUAUUAUGAACAGUGGCAACUGGAUUCAAGAUAACUUAUUUUUAGUGUCACAGAAGUGGGAUUAUUGAUUGAUACAACAUUCAGCUUUCAGUCACCGAAAAAAUGUGAUUACUCAUAAGAUAUGUAAAUAAUUUCCAUAGUGUUAGCUGGAAAUAGAUCAGGAUAAGUUUAAAGUAGAUUACAGUUUUCAUAUUGCAUGAAGCUGUGAGAUGGUCAUAUGGAAGCUUUGAGUCUGUCAGCCUGAGUCUUGCAAAUCCAGACAGCCUCUGUGGUCUAGUGGUCAGAGUUCCUGGCUACAGAUCCAGAGGUCCAGGUUCGAUUCCCAGUGCUACCA